UAAAGGAAGUAGGUGCAGCGUGCAGGCCGUUCAGACGCACCGAUGCUGAACACUGGCACGCAGGGGAGAAAUGUGAGGGGGGUCAUCUGUAGUCGAGUAGACAGGAAGGGGAAGUGGUAAGCAGACUAAAGUGUGAAAAGAUGAGGCUUGUAUGUAAAUCAACCUAGACCUCCCCAUGUGUUUAUUUAGCAUUUCCUUUGCCGUGCAUGUGCUUUAUUGGAGUAGCCUGGUGCUUGAGUCCGUUUUGCAAGCAGGAUGACACAAAAUAAAGAUGCCGGCGGUGGUAAAGGCAACGCUACGGAGGGAGAGGAACUCAAGAUAGUCAUUGUGGGAGAUGGAGGCUGUGGGAAAACGUCUCUUCUCAUGGUGUAUGCCAAAGAUUACUUUCCAGAGAAAUAUGCCCCGACGGUGUUUGAAAAGUUCACCACCACUGUGGUCCUGAGAGGAAAAGAAGUCAAGCUCAACGUGUACGACACAGCAGGCCAGGAGGACUACGACAGGCUGCGACCGCUUUCGUACCAGGAGGCUCAUCUGAUUCUGGUCUGCUUUGACGUGACCAACCCCACCAGUUUUGACAAUGUGACCAUAAAGUGGCACCCGGAGGUGAAGCACUUCUGUCAGGACGUCCCGGUCAUCUUGAUUGGCUGCAAGACAGACCUCAGGAAGGACAAAGAGUGCACCAGGAGACUGAAGACCCUAAACCAGGCUCCCAUCACGUACACACAGGGCCUGGCCGCCCAGCGGACGACGAACGCAGAGCUCUACCUGGAGUGUUCGGCCAAGUACCAGGAGAACGUGGAGGACGUCUUCAGGGAGGCCGCCAAGAAGGCUUUGGCUUUCCGCCGCAAGCAAAAAGACUACAAGAGGAAGAGACAAUGUGCAAUUCUAUGACCCAAACAACAGAAAACAUCACCUUUUGUCCAAAGCUGCGCUAUAGACGUUCGGGAUAUUCAACUGAAAUUUCUGAGAACCGAAAAUGCACGAGAAACUUUACAGGUGAAUUUCUCUCAACAUUUGAAAGCACGAGACAAAAGACUUUUUGUACAGCUUGCUGUCUGACAACAAGGACGUGAACGGCAAAAGUUUAACUUCCACUUCACAGCCUUUCAGUGACUCUUCCAGUAUCCAGAAAGUAACAUCCUUGUAAAUAAAUAAUAAUAAUAAUAAUAAUAAUGGCGGCCGACUGGUUAGAGCGUCGGCCUCACAGUUCUGAGGACCCGGGUUUGAUCCCCGGCCCCGCCUGUGUGGAGUUAGCAUGUUCUCCCCGUGCCUGCGUGGCUUUUCUCCGGGCACUCCGGUUUCCUCCCACAUCCCAAAAACACGCAUUCAUUGGAGACUCUAAAUUGCCCGUAGGCGUGAAUGUGAGUGCGAAUGGUUGGUUGUUUGUAUGUGCCCUGCGAUUGGCUGGCAACCCGUUCGGGGUGUACCCCGCCUCCUGCCCGAUGACAGCUGGGAUGGGCUCCGGCACGCCCGCGACCCCAGUGAGGAGAAGCGGCUCAGAAAAUGGAUGGAUGGAUGGAUAAUAAUAAUAACCUGUAAAGGUUAUAGUGCAUUUUAGGUUCAUCGUCAACUUUCACCCCAAAGCUCAAUAUCCUGAACUUAGUGUAUUUGUUGUUUUUGAUAUAUCAGGUAAAAACCUGUCUAAAUUAUUUUCAUUUUCUAUUGGUUUUUAUUAUAAAUUAAUGUGGAGUCUGACCAAUUCUGUUCACAAUGCCAAAAAGAUUCACAUGCAGCCCGAGUUAAAGUAUGUGUUACAUUUUCAGACUGGGAAUGACACAAGAAAGUGUCAAAGCCAAUGUGAGAUGAUGUGUUAAGAGAGCAUUCAAAAUGUUUAUUUUUUUUUAUGUUUGACUUUUUUUAGUUAUGAUAUCCCUGACCAUUUUUUAUGAUAUGCAAUCUUUUGCACCAUCCUGAUAACUUUUAUGAAAAACAUUGGGUGUGCUCAUACUGAAAACAUGUACCGCAUGUAAAAAAAAAAUAAAUAAAAAAAAAAUAACAGUAAA